AUGUCGGUUUCCAUCCCUUCAGAUUUACGUUCUCUGAGACGGUAUACUUCUGGCGCUGGUGGAAGGAACAGCGACCGGCUACUCGCGCCACGUUCCGAGCGCUGGUGCAGGAAGGCCGGGAAACUCAAUGACACGUUAGGUCCUUGUGGCAAACCGAAGGCGGCAUGGCAGGUGGACACGUACGGACACACCAGGGAGCAGGCGUCGUUGCUCGCUCAGAUGGGCUACGAUGGACUGUUUAUAGGUAAAAUGUCGGACAUAAUGACCCACAACCUGUUCAAUCUGUACAACGCGCCGGAUGGUUUCUGCUUCGACUUCCUCUGCAGCGACGAGCCCAUCGUAGAUGAUCCAGACAGCCACGUUUAUAACGCUGACUCUCGGGUAAACGAUUUUAUAGCACAAAUUGAGAGGCAGGCGAAGUAUUAUGAUCAUGACAACAUAAUGGUGACCAUGGGUGGGGACUUCACCUUUCAGAGCGCUGCCAACUGGUUCAUGAACAUUGACAAACUUAUAAAUUCUGGCACAUUGUGUUACUAA